ACAAGAUAAACCCACAAGCUAAUGCUAACGAAGCUAACGAGGCUAACGGUCUGAUGGAUCGGGUCAAAGGUUAAAUCUUGAGUGAUGUUUGUUUACUCCGCCCUGCGCUGUGUCAUCAGAGUGAAGAAGAGGCAUGUGGCGACUGGGUUGGUCCAGCAGAGGGCGCUGUCUGGAGCUGAGGCUGUGAAUGCGCUGAGGCCCUUUUAUUUUGCUGUUCACCCUGACUUCUUUGGAAAACACCCCAAAGAACGGGAGGUAAACGAGAACUCUCUGAAGCGGUUGAAUGGAUACCUGGAGACACUGCAGCGUCCUGGAGUGCGCUCAGUUCAGCCCAUGAAGCUCACGUUUUACAUCCGCGACACAAAGGAUGGAGACGAGCCCGACCUCAUGGCAGGUUUUCGCCCGGUCACGUUCACACUCUACAGCAAUGACGUUCAGAGUGCUGUGAUCAAUGUGCUGCGCUCCUGUAGUCUCCCUCAUGAGCACAUGAAGACCCAGAGCACCCAAAGAACCAGCCCCCAAGGGACCGGCCCCCAGGGAGCACAGCCCUUCUACAGGCCGAUCAAAUGGGACAAGUCCUACUACAGCUUCACUGGAUUCAGAGACCCAGAACAAGAACUACAGCAGGCCAAGAGAGUGGAGCCAACACUGGGUUUAUGGCUGAGGAAAAAUGAACCUGAGGCAACAAAGAAACACAAGGCCAGUGUCCCAAGAAGAGACGAGCUCGAGAGACUGAAGACAGAGCUGUGCCUCAAGUUUAACCUGACAGACCUCAGGUGGCAGCGCAGUUGGGGUGUGUCACACAGAUACUGUCAGCUGCAGAGUCUGAGCCGCCUGUCACUGCAGAGUCCAGACGCCCUGAUCCCACUUCAGGGUCACACAGUUGUUUUCGCAGACGAAUCGGGGAUGAACGCAUCAGGUCAUGUGAUGCUCGGGACCAUGGACGUCCAUCACCAGUGGCUCAAGCUGAUGGAGCGAGUGCCCAGGCUGCGCGGCCUCCAGCAGCAGAGCCAGUGGCUGAAGGAGCGCAUCAGUCUGCUGCUAGGGGGCGCUGUGGUGCUGCUCCCUGACAGGAUGGGCUCAGAGCAGCCCAUAGCCGAGCACUAUAGCAGCCUGAACGCCUUCCACAAGAGACUACUGUCCGACUGUAUGAGAGUGCACCCCCGGAGUCUGGAGGGGCUCGGACUAGUCAUAGACAAUAACCGUUCGAUGCCCAGUCUGCAUGAGCUGGGCCACUUCCUGAUCCCUGUGACCUCUGACCCUGCCAAACUUCCAUCCUUCCUCCAGAGCCACGCCCCUGAGGCCCGCCGCAGGACACAGCACCAUCUGCAACUGAAGCGAGAGGAGGAGCGUGUGACCCAGCAGUGCUUGUCAUCUCUCUCUCUCCACACUCUGUCCAAAGAGUCCAGCAUCAGCAGUGUCCAGAUGAGUCUGUGCUGUGGACGUCUGCUGGACCUCAGACCGCCUCUGCUCCAAGGCCUGGACCUCAGAGUGUCCAGAUACUACUCUGUGCUGCAGGACGGAGACGUGUGCGUGCCCUGGGACUGGAACUACUGACCGGGUUUGGUCCUGGGUUAAACCUGGUUUAGCCCUGAUUUAGACCUGCUUUAGCCCUGGUUUAGACUUAGGUCUGUCUUAGUUUAGUCCUGCUUUAGUCCUGCUUUAGUCCUGCUUUAGUCCUGCUUUAGCCCUGCUUUAGCCCUGCUUUAGCCCUGCUUUAGCCCUGCUUUAGCCCUGGUUUAGACCUGGUUUAGACCUAGAUCAGACCUGGUUUUGUUCUGGUUUAAUGCUGGGCGUGUUCCCUGUCUGCUGUGGUCAGUUUUAAAAGUGGUCCAAGGAUGCAAAAAUAUUUAACAGUUUAACCCAUGAAACCUACAGUUUUAUAGUUAUCUCGAGGACCUCCCGAGUGUCAUGGAGACUUUGGUCCAGAUCUGUACAUUCUGUGAGUCAAGAUCCC